GAAAAAAAACAGCAGGGAAUGAGAAUGCAUGGUCAUGUAAUCAAGUCAUUAAACCCACUGUAUUAUUGUUUAGUAAAAAGUUAUUUAGGCGGAUUGUAUUCUCUUCGGGUCAGUUAGCUUAACUAUUACAUAGGCUAUUUGUUAUAAGUUAUGAAAAAGGGAGAUGGGCGGGGCGGAGUUCUAGCACCAAGUGGCAGUACAUAGUAGUAGCAGCAGGCUAUACAUCUUCAAUUUACAAAUAACAUUUACGACGGCAGCAGCUUUUCUGCUGCAAUGCUCGGACGGACUGCCAUCACCUCCGGGGUGACUGUCCAGAAGAUCAGUAAAACCAUCACCUUCUUCUGCAAUGAUACUCUGACCAGCUCGAUCACCUCCAGGCCAGCAGGGGGCCCUGGUGCCACUUCCGCCGAUCAGCCCAAGCCGCUGCUGCUUUUCCUGCCCUGGCUGGGAUCGCGGCCCCAGACCAUCACCAAGUACUGCGAGAUCUACUUCCGCACAGGCUUUGAUGUGCUGAUGGUGGAGAGCGAGGUGUCCCAGUUCCUGUGGCCGCGCUGGGGGUUGGAGUACAGCGCGCGCGUGCUGGACGUGCUGGAGGACGAGCGCUUCUCCCAGCGGCCCCUGCUGGUCCACGCCUUCUCCAUCGGCGGCUACACCUUCGGCCAGAUGUUGGUCCACAUGGCCCGUGACGGCCAGCGCUACCGCGGUCUGGCGCAGCGCAUCCGUGGGCACAUCUACGAUAGCCUGGUCAUCGGGUCGCUGGAGAGGAUGGCCAUUGGUCUGGGUAAAAACGUGUUCCCCCGUUUCGAGGGCCUAGUGAGGCGCCUCAGCCUACUGUACUUCCGCAUGUUUAAGAAGCAGACGGUGGACUACUUUAAUGCUGCCAUCAAAGUCUUCUGGAACAGUCCGUUGACUUCUCCCGCCCUGUUCUUCUACUGCGAGAAUGACAUGCUUAGUGACCCGGAGGACCUGGAGGAAUUGAUCACCUGCUGGCAGAGCAGAGGGAUCACAGUUGAAAAGCAGAAGUGGAAGGAGUCCAUCCAUGCGGCACACCUGCGCGCCCAUCCACAGGAGUACCUAUCCGCCCUGGACAGCUUCAUGCAAAGCAUCAGCAUUGUGCCGCUGAAGGCUAAAAUGUGAACCUCCCCGAACCUCCCCAGAAACAGAGAGAGAGAGAGAGAGAGAGAGAGAGAGAGAGAGAGAGAGAGAGAUUAACAUAGAUUAACAUAGAUAGAUUAACCCCCUCUCCCAAACACAUCACCUUAGACCUUCAGAGGAACGUUUACCACUUCUGUUCAGUUUCACAGAAACUUUAUCAACACAGCACACAUGGAACUUUAUCAACACAGCACACAUGGAACUUUAUCAACACAGCACACAUGGAACUUUAUCAACACAGCACACAUGGAACUUUAUCAACACAGCACACAUGGAACUUUAUCAACACAGCACACAUGGAACUUUAUCAACACAGCACACAUGGAACUUUUCUCUCGGGUCUCCACAACGUUUCCCAACAUAUAGUCUUUAUACAAUAAAAAACAGCAAAGCUUUUAAAUUCAUAUGAGCAUAUGCCACAGACACUCAGUAGCUGUACACUGUUUCUGCUUAAGACUCUUAUGGCAGUAGUGAGGAACGUGCUGUGAAUGCAUGUGCUUACUCCCUCCAUGGCUUUUGUUUACUGAUGCUGCUUUGUUUUUUUUUGUGUACUUUGGAAGCAAACAUAACUUGCUUGAAAAGUAUACAUUACUGAGCACCCUGAUAUUACUUGAGCUGAGCUCAGUGAUGAGUGUUGAGCUUUCUAUGUACUUCCAUUUUGAGAGAGGUUAAUAGAUUAAACAAAUGUAUUUAUGACCGUUAGAAGAACUAUUGAUAUGAUUUUGUGACAAAAUACAAAUGAAAAUCUAUGCAUUGUUACAUUUCAAUUUUUGUAGUUUUUGUAAAAAUAAAUGUUAAUUCUGGGGCUACUUUUCAGCUUCACUCUUAUACUUUCUUUCUACGUUUGUUCCAAAUCAGUGUCAUCUUACCAACACAUUAUUAAAUUACAAAAUGAUGAACAUUUUGACAACAUGUAAA